CCCAAAAUAUAAGGCAAUACUCCAAAAAAACUUAGGACCGAACGUGUGCUUCAUCAACGGCAAACGGACUUGAGGAAGAAAAGAGCCUAAUCAUUUUGUUCUUCACGAGAAUUAACCCUGCUCUUUCUCUUUCUCUUUCUCUUUCAUUCAAUUUUUUUAAUAGAAAAAAAAAGAUUUAAUUUGAAAGAAAUGAGAGAUGAAAACUAAAUACUUCUUUUUUUCUAUGUGAGUGAAAAAAAAAGAGGGAAAAAGACCAUAGAAAAAAAAAGGAGUUGCCAAUGCCUUUUGAUUGUCUUACUCUUUGAGCUUUGAAGCCAUGGCCGACGAUCUGAGUUUCUUCAGCAAGGAUUCUUUCAUCCUAAAGCUGCCAAAGAAGUCUCCAUUGGUGUUGAGGAUGGUUGUGUUGUUGUUUGUAAUGGUUUGUGGUGUGUAUAUAUUCUCAAUUUGUUUGAAGCAAAUAAGCACCAGCAGCACGUCUGAGUUUUUGAAUAUCGGAGUGAUUCAAAAGCCUUGUCCAGAACCUAAUAUUGAGCCAUGGGAAAUUCCUUACGUGCACUAUCCUAACCCCAAAACUUUUAGCAGGGCCGAGUGUGCAUGCAAUCCUGUCCGGUAUUUUGCCAUUAUGUCAAUGCAGAGAUCUGGGAGCGGAUGGUUUGAAACCUUAUUGAACAAUCAUACUAACAUAAGCUCGAAUGGGGAGAUAUUCUCUGUCAAAGUUAGGAGGACUAAUGUGUCAACAAUUGUUGAGACUUUGGACAAAGUUUACAACUUAGACUGGUUCACCAGUGCCUCUAAAAAUGAGUGCACAGCUGCUGUUGGAUUGAAGUGGAUGCUUAAUCAGGGAUUGAUGCAGUACCACAAAGAAAUAGUGGAAUACUUUAAUGCUCGGGGUGUUUCAGCUAUUUUUCUCUUUAGGAGGAAUCUUUUGCGCAGGAUGAUUUCGAUACUAGCUAAUUCUUAUGAUCAGAAUGCCAAGCUACUAAAUGGAACCCACAAGUCUCAUGUUCAUUCCCCUCUCGAGGCUGACAUACUUGCCAGUUACAAGCCUGUAAUCAAUGCAACACUGCUAGUUCCAAACAUAAGGGAGGUUGAAGAGACUACUAAAAAGGCAUUGGAGUACUUCAAAAGCACCAGGCAUAUCAUACUUUACUACGAGGAUGUAGUAAAGAACCGCACUAAACUAACCGAAGUUCAAGAAUUCCUAAAAGUUCCAAAGAGGGAGUUAAGUAGUCGUCAGGACUCAGGAGUCAACAGGGUGGGGAACCCACCAAGCCACCCUGUUGAAGUUUUGGCUAUAGAUUUUGCUUAUUUUGCUUUCAACUUAGAAACCUGUUUCUUUUCUUCUUCCUCUUCUUCUUUUGUAGCCUCACAUCGACUAUUCUAUUCAUUCUUUUGCCCUCUCAACACACAAACUCUGCUGUAUCUUUUUUUUUUCCAAUCAAAGGAGAAAUUUGUUUUUUCCUGCAAUGUGUAUGUUAAUGAUGCCCCAUCUAUUAUUUUUCUUUGAGUAACCAUAAUAUGAAUAUCAAUGGUUAAAGGUGGUGUCAUUUACUCAUUUCCUCCCCCA